ACUUCAUGAGCAUUCUCCACUCUCAGUGCUGCUUCACUGAAUCUGACUCUCAUCAUGCAUCUGCUGCAAAACAUCCUGUUUCUGCUCAGUAUCAGUCUUGUUCAGAGCCGUGCCAUAAAGGCCCUUAGUCAUUUCCAGGCAUUGGUUAACGUGAACUAUGAGGAGACUGAUUACAGGAAUGACCCUGAUUAUUUCUCUGUAUCUUCUAUAAUUGAAAGAGCCAACAAGAAUGCUGGAAUGCUGAAGGGUGGGUUGAUCAUUACACAUGGUGACAUAGCGGUGUAUCCUGGGCUCCAGAAUGCAGAUCCAUGUACUUCUCGCCGGUGCAAGUGGCCCAGUGGCGAGGAUGGAAAAAUUAAUGUGCCCUUCCUCAUUUCCAGGCAGUAUGCAUUCUCUGAAAGACGUGUUAUCGAGCGUGCUCUAGAUUCCUUCAAAAAUUCAACCUGUGUCCAGUUUGUACCUCGUACCAACCAAGAAGACUUCAUUCAUAUACUCUCAGACCAGGGGUGCUACUCUUCAGUGGGUCGUAGGGGUGGAAGGCAGGUUCUUUCCAUUCAACGCGAUGGCUGUGUUUUUCAUCACAUCAUCCAGCAUGAGCUUCUGCAUGCUUUGGGCUUUCAUCAUGAGCAGACUCGUAGUGACCGUGAUGAUCAUGUCAGAAUCCUCCUCGAAAAUGUUAUUCCUGGACAAGAGCACAAUUUUGAUAAGGUCAACACCAACAAUUUGAACACGCCAUAUGACUACAAUUCUGUCAUGCACUAUUCAAGGUUUGCUUUCUCCAGGAACAGGCAACCGACCAUCCUCCCUAUUCCAGACAAUGACGUUCCCAUUGGACGUGCCACUGAAAUGAGCCGCAAUGACAUUCUACGUGUUAACAGACUCUACUGCAGUUGAAUUAGCCCCUCUUGACAUCACCAGUAUAUUUCAAAUGCUUUUAAAAUACUUUUAAGAACUGUAUGCAAAAACUUUGAAAAAGUUCUGAUGUAAUCUGUUGUGAUUUUCCCUUGAAAUUUCAGAUAUUAGAAAAAAAUUGUGCAAAAGCAGCCACCUGGGCACACUUUGCUUAGAGUGUAUUGCAACUUUGAUAGUUUCUCUGUUCUGCUAUUAUGGGUUUCUUUUAAGUUUUUACCUGCAGUGUUCAGUUUGAGGUCAAUUUAACAAUGAUGAUAGUGACAUAUUUAAUGAAACAGAGCUCAUCAGUCUUUUAACAUUGUUGUGCAUAAAAUCACUAAACAUUUAACUGUUUGAUUUGUAAACCAGACAGACUGGGAUAUUUUGGCUUUGAUAUGCUCUAUAUAGAUUUUACCUGUGAACAAUGCAACUCGCAUUACUGCUGCAUCUACGUGUGCACUUGCUCUGCCUCACCUGCAGCACACAAGAAAGAUACCCAUAUACCUCAGAUCAUCAUCUAGAGAAAUGUAUAGUUUCCUUAUAGCAGUACCAUGAAUUCUGAUUGGUUAAACACAGAAUAGUAUCAUAUAGUAUAGUAACACUGCUUUACUCUUUUGCAAACAAAACCUAGCUGCCCACUUCAUAAAAGCAAAGAUCAUCUUCUGUUCCUCUCAACAUCUACAUACACCUUCUUACACACACUCUUACUCAUAGUGCCUCUUACAUCAGGUUUUUUCCAAAUUCUAACAUGUCUUCUGCUAGGUUUCCAAAUCAUGUAGUUGCUUUGUUUAUUAUACUUAUAUGUAAAUUGUAAGAAUAACAAUCCAAAAAUCAAGAAACAUUCAUUUGUUUUUAGUCACAUAUAUAACAAAUAUUGCUAAAUUAACAAAAUAAAGUCAAGUCAAAGAAGCUUUAUUGUCACUUCAACCAUAGCUGAUGCAGUACACAGUGGAACGAAACAAUGUUCCUCCUAGACCAAAGGUGCUACACAUAACACAGACAAAGUACAAUGUAAAAUGUUCAAAUGUCACAGUAAUUCUAAAUUAUAAACCUGGAAUUUUGAAAAUACAGUGUUUUGUUUUAAAAUGACCAAAUUCUUUCAAGAUUACAAAUUCUACACAGUAGCUGCUAAUCAUUUCUCUUGUAAAUUUCCUUCCAUAAAUAAAGAAUGGAUUGCACUGA